UUUUUACGGGUCUGCUUUUGGCAUCGUAGGGCUGCCCCCGAGCGAUUUGACCAUACUAAAGAUGAUCCUCACGCAGUGCGCCGUCUGCGCCACCGAGCUUGGGCUGACCUUGGGGAAGAAAUGCGGCCGCUGCAGUACACGCUACUGCGGACCCGAAUGCCAGGUGCAGCACUGGAAAGAGGGCGGCCACGACCAGAUCUGCAAGAAGAUUAAAAAGGCUGGUGGCGCAGAGCAAUACAACGCAGAUAAGAAGUGCGCAGAGGCCGUCGCGGUCGCAGUCGAGGCGUGCGCGGAGGACACCAAGGGCCAGACGUGCUACAUCUGCACGCAGGCCCUCCACUGGAAGACGAAGGAGGGCCUCGUGCGCAUGUGCGCGUGCCGCGGGACGGCGGGUUUCGCGCACGUGUCGUGCCUGGCGGAGCAGGCGAAGAUUUUGUGUGACGAGGCCGAGGAGAGAAAUUUGUUUGGUACUGAGAGAGGAAAUUCGAGGUGGGAUCGGUGGAACAAGUGCAGUCUGUGCGAGCAAAAAUACCACGGCGUCGUGGUGUGCGCGCUCGGGUGGGCGUGCUGGAAGACGUACGUGGCCCGUAACGUGGGGAGGCCGCAGGCGGAUAUGAUUCGGUGCUUGGCAAUGGGCGUGCUCGGGAUCGGUCUCUACAGUGUGGGGCACAGCGAGGACGCGUUGUCCGUGCAAGAGGCCCAAUAUCCUAUGAUGAAGCGCCUUGGCGCACCAGAACAAGAGCUACUCACCGUGCAAUGCAAUCUUGCGAGCACGUAUUUAGCCCUCGGACGGGACGAAGAUUGCCUGCGCGUGCGGCGAGACGUCUACUCUGGGCGGUUGAAGCUCCUUGGAGACGAACAUCUGGGUACCCUCUCAGCAGCUCACAACUACACGUCGGCCCUUCAUCUUCUGAAGCGUUACGAAGAAGCUAAGGCAUUCACGCGCAAAGUAAUCCCCGUGGCACGACGCGUUCUCGGAGAGAGUCAUGAAAUCACGCUAAAGAUGCGCUGGUGUUACGCCGAGGUGCUCCAUAAAGCCAACGGCGCCACACUAGACGAUAACCGCGAGGCCGCGGCGACGCUCGAGGAGGUAGCAAGGACCGCGCGGCGCGUGCUCGGUGGCGCGCAUCCGUUCGUAGGAAUGAUUGAGCGGGCUUUGCCAUUUUCGCGAGCGCUCCUCCGCUCCAGCGAAACGUCGAGGGGUGCGUAAAUAUAAACGAAGC